CUGGAGGCAGGAGAAACAAGAUGGCAGAUCAACAAGACAAACUGACUUGUCUUUAGUUAACGAACUUUUCCACAGUUGAUUUUCUACACAUUCAAAUAUACAGUCAGCUAGCCAAGCAAUCUAGCGCCCACGCCUCUUAAUCGUUGAUUUAUUAGCUACCUAGCUAGAUUUCCGCAGGUUAGCUGAUCGCCAACUGCCGUUAAGACUGCUAGCUAAGCUAAGCUAAGCUAGGCUAGCUAGCUUGUUUCUGUCUGGUCGGAGUGUAGUGAGACCGCCAACAUGCAGGACCUGAUAGCCACCGUGGACCACAUCAAGUUCGACCUAGAGAUAGCUGUGGAGCAGCAACUGGGGGCGCAGCCUCUCCCCUUCCCCGGGAUGGACAGUAAGUAGCCGCUACUUACUAGCCAGUUAGCGAACGAUAGCUAGGUAUUGUAGUUUUAGCAAGGUAGCUAAGCUAACUUGGCUAGUUAGUUUAGCUAGCUAGCUAACUUCUAAACUGAUUUCAUAGUUGGGUGUUUUUUUUUUUGCAGAGUCCGGGGCUGCGGUGUAUUAGGGCUAUGUAUUGUAUUGUAUUGUAUUGUAACUCCUUGCCCUGUGGUUAUGCAGAGUCCGGGGCUGCGGUGUAUUAGGGCUAUGUAUUGUUUUGUAUUGUAUUGUAACUCCUUGCCCUGUGGUUAUGCAGAGUCCGGGGCUGCGGUGUAUUAGGGCUAUGUAUUGUUUUGUAUUGUAUUGUAACUCCUUGCCCUGUGGUUAUGCAGAGUCCGGGGCUGCGGUGUAUUAGGGCUAUGUAUUGUAUUGUAUUGUAUUGUAACUCCUUGCCCUGUGGUUGUCCAGAGUCCGGGGCUGCGGUGUAUUAGGGCUAUGUAUUGUUUUGUAUUGUAUUGUAACUCCUUGCCCUGUGGUUAUGCAGAGUCCGGGGCUGCGGUGUAUUAGGGCUAUGUAUUGUAUUGUAUUGUAUUGUAACUCCUUGCCCUGUGGUUAUGCAGAGUCCGGGGCUGCGGUGUAUUAGGGCUAUGUAUUGUAUUGUAUUGUAUUGUAUUGUAACUCCUUGCCCUGUGGUUGUGUUUGUGCAGAGUCCGGGGCUGCGGUGUAUUAGGGCUAUGUAUUGUAUUGUAUUGUAUUGUAACUCCUUGCCCUGUGUUUGUGCAGAGUCCGGGGCUGCGGUGUAUUAGGGCUAUGUAUUGUAUUGUAUUGUAUUGUAACUCCUUGCCCUGUGGUUGUGCAGAGUCCGGGGCUGCGGUGUAUUAGGGCUAUGUAUUGUAUUGUAUUGUAUUGUAACUCCUUGCCCUGUGGUUGUGCAGAGUCCGGGGCUGCGGUGUAUUAGGGCUAUGUAUUGUAUUGUAUUGUAUUGUAUUGUAUUGUAACUCCUUGCCCUGUGGUUGUGUUGUGCAGAGUCCGGGGCUGCGGUGUAUUAGGGCUAUGUAUUGUAUUGUAUUGUAUUGUAACUCCUUGCCCUGUGGUUUGUGCAGAGUCCGGGGCUGCGGUGUAUUAGGGCUAUGUAUUGUAUUGUAUUGUAUUGUAACUCCUUGCCCUGUGGUUGUGCAGAGUCCGGGGCUGCGGUGUAUUAGGGCUAUGUAUUGUAUUGUAUUGUAUUGUAACUCCUUGCCCUGUGGUUGUCCAGAGUCCGGGGCUGCGGUGUAUUAGGGCUAUGUAUUGGUUUGUAUUGUAUUGUAACUCCUUGCCCUGUGGUUGUGUAGAGUCCGGGGCUGCGGUGUAUUAGGGCUAUGUAUUGUUUUGUAUUGUAUUGUAACUCCUUGCCCUGUGGUUGUGCAGAGUCCGGGGCUGCGGUGUAUUAGGGCUAUGUAUUGUAUUGUAUUGUAUUGUAUUGUAACUCCUUGCCCUGUGGUUGUGCAGAGUCCGGGGCUGCGGUGUAUUAGGGCUAUGUAUUGUAUUGUAUUGUAUUGUAACUCCUUGCCCUGUGGUUGUCCAGAGUCCGGGGCUGCGGUGUAUUAGGGCUAUGUAUUGGUUUGUAUUGUAUUGUAACUCCUUGCCCUGUGGUUGUGCAGAGUCCGGGCUGCGGUGUAUUAGGGCUAUGUAUUGUUUUGUAUUGUAUUGUAACUCCUGCCCUGUGGUUGUGCAGAGUCCGGGGCUGCGGUGUAUUAGGGCUAUGUAUUGUAUUGUAUUGUAUUGUAACUCCUUGCCCUGUGGUUGUCCAGAGUCCGGGGCUGCGGUGUAUUAGGGCUAUGUAUUGGUUUUGUAUUGUAUUGUAACUCCUUGCCCUGUGGUUGUGCAGAGUCCGGGGCUGCGGUGGUAUUAGGCUAUGUAUUGGUUUGUAUUGUAAACUCCUUGCCCUGUGGUUGUCCAGAGUCCGGGGCCGCGGUGUAUUAGGGCUAUGUAUUGGUUUGUAUUGUAUUGUAACUCCUUGCCCUGUGGUUGUGCAGAGUCCGGGGCUGCGGUGUAUUAGGGCUAUGUAUUGGUUUGUAUUGUAUUGUAACUCCUUGCCCUGUGGUUGUCCAGAGUCCGGGCUGCGGUGUAUUAGGGCUAUGUAUUGGUUUGUAUUGUAUUGUAACUCCUUGCCCUGUGGUUGUGCAGAGUCCGGGGCUGCGGUGUAUUAGGGCUAUGUAUUGGUUUGUAUUGUAUUGUAACUCCUUGCCCCUGUGGUUGUGGUUGUGCAGAGUCCGGGGCUGCGGUGUAUUAGGGCUAUGUAUUGGUUUGUAUUGUAACUCCUUGCCCUGUGGUUGUCCGGGGCCGCGGUGUAUUAGGGCUAUGUAUUGGUUUGUAUUGUAUUGUAACUCCUUGCCCCUGUGGUUGUGGUUGUGCAGAGUCCGGGGCUGCGGUGUAUUAGGGCUAUGUAUUGGUUUGUAUUGUAACUCCUUGCCCUGUGGUUGUCCAGAGUCCGGGGCCGCGGUGUAUUAGGGCUAUGUAUUGGUUUGUAUUGUAUUGUAACUCCUUGCCCCUGUGGUUGUGGUUGUGCAGAGUCCGGGGCUGCGGUGUAUUAGGGCUAUGUAUUGUAUUGUAUUGUAACUCCUUGCCCUGUGGUUGUGGUUGUGCAGAGUCCGGGGCCGCGGUGUAUUAGGGCUAUGUAUUGGUUUGUAUUGUAUUGUAUUGUAACUCCUUGCCCUGUGGUUGUGUAGAGUCCGGGGCUGCGGUGUAUUAGGGCUAUGUAUUGUUUUGUAUUGUAUUGUAACUCCUUGCCCUGUGGUUAUGCAGAGUCCGGGGCUGCGGUGUAUUAGGGCUAUGUAUUGUAUUGUAUUGUAUUGUAACUCCUUGCCCUGUGGUUGUGGUUGUGCAGAGUCCAGGGCUGCGGUGUAUUAGGGCUAUGUAUUGUAUUGUAUUGUAUUGUAACUCCUUGCCCUGUGGUUGUGGUUAUGCAGAGUCCGGGGCUGCGGUGUAUUAGGGCUAUGUAUUGUUUUGUAUUGUAUUGUAUUGUAACUCCUUGCCCUGUGGUUGUGCAGAGUCCGGGGCUGCGGUGUGUGAGUUCUUCAUGAGAGCAGCCUGUCUCAAAGGUAAGAGUAUCACCGGGGAUGAGUUCUCUGUAUGUGACUGCUACAGCCUCCUACACAAGUGUGUGUGUUAUACUGACCAGUGUGUGUGUGUAAUUAAUAUAUAUACACGUGUAUAUAUAUAUAUAUAUAUAGAUAUAUAUAUAUAUAGAUAUAUAUAGAUAUAGAUAUCUAUAUAUAUAUAUAUAUAUAUAUAUAGAUAUAUAUAGAUAUAUAUAUAUACACGUAUAUACACAUAUAUAUAGAUAUAUAUAUAUACACACACUGAGUCAGUCUAUAAUAUAUAUACACACUGGGUCCGUCAUAUAUAUAUAUAUAUAUAUAUAUAUAUAUAUAUUACACACACACACACAGUUGAAGUUGGAAGUUUACAUACAGCUUAGCCAAAUACAUUUAAACUCAGUUUUUCACUAUUCCUGACAUUUAAUCCUAGUAAAAAAUUCCCUGUCUUAGGUCAGUUAUGAUCACCCCUUUAUUUUAGGAAUGUGAAAUGUCAGAAUAAUAGUAGAGAGAAUGAUUUAUUUCAGCUUUUAUUUCUUUCAUCACAUUCCCAGUGGGUCAAACGUUUACAUACACUCAAUUAGUAUUUGGUAGCAUUGCCUUUUAAAUUGUUUAACUUGGGUCAAACGUUUCGGGUAGCUUUCCACAAGCUUCCCACAAUAAGUUGGGUGGAUUUUGGCCCAUUCCUCCUGACAGAGCUGGUGUAACUGAGUCAGGUUUGUAGGCCUCCUUGCUCGCACACGCUUUUUCAGUUCUGCCCACCAUUUUUCUAUAGGAUUGAGGUCAGGGCUUUGUGAUGGCCACUCCAAUACCUUGACUUUGUUGUCCUUAAGCCAUUUUGCCACAACUUUGGAAGUAUGCUUGGGGUCAUUGUCCAUUUGGAAGACCCAUUUGUGACCAAGCUUUAACUUCCUGACUGAUGUCUUGAGAUGUUGCUUCAAUAUAUCCACAAUUUUCCUUCCUCAUGAUGCCGUCUAUUUUGUGAAGUGCACCAGUCCCUCCUGCAGCAAAGCACCCCCACAGCAUGAUGCUGCCACCCCAGUGCUUCACGGUUGGGAUGGUGUUCUUCGGCUUGCAAGCUCCCCCUUAUUCCUCCAAACAUAACGAUGGUCAUUAUGGCCAAACAGUUCUAUUUUUGUUUCAUCAGACCAGAGGACAUUUCUCAAAAAAGUACGAUCUUUGUCCCCGUGUGCAGUUGCAAACUGUAGUCUGGCUUUUUUAUGGUGGUUUUGGAGCAGAGUUUUCUUCCUUGCUGAGCGGCCUUUCAGGUUAUGUCAAUAUAGGACUCGUUUUACUGUGGAUAUAGAUACUUUUGUACCUGUUUCCUCCAGCAUCUUCACAAGGUCCUUUGCUGUUGUUCUGGGAUUGAUUUGCACUUUUCGCACCAAAGUACGUUCAUCUCUUGGAGACAGAACGCAUCUCCUUCCUGAGCGGUAUGACGGCUGCGUGGUCCCAUGGUAUUUAUACUUGCGUACUAUUGUUUGUACAGAUGAACGUGGUACCUUCAGGCAUUUGGAAAUUGCUCCCAAGGAUGAACCAGACUUGUGGAGGUCUACA